AGAUGGCUCAUACAGUGUUUCCAUUCAAUGAUUAUUUUCGGGUCACUUUCAAUGGUUCACUUCUUCCUUCUCAGAGUCAAUCCGGCGAAAUCAUACCUCCAGUAUUCUCAGAUUCGCCUCUCAAAACAAUUGUAUUGGAGGACGCACCGAGUAUUCCUAAUUGGAGAAACAAAGAAAACUCUACCUUAUUAAAACCAUCCCUUUUUAUUGCAAAUUUUGAAAGUAAGUCUGUGCUCAACAUACAAUUGCAUUCUACUCAAUUGACUCCUUCACCAACACCCCCAGAAGAAAAUCGUAAAAAUUACAACUGCUCUUUUCCUGAGACAACAAACAAUAAUACAGACGCCAAAUAUCUCAAUUCAUCAGAGGCAACAACAGAGAGAACAUUUCAAGCGUAGAUAAUUUUUCAAAAUUUUAAUUAGUGAAAUUUGUUAACUUGAAAAUUUGUUCAUUUUUACUCUUCAAUUCAUUGAAUAAGUUUUGAACUAAACCAAUUGUAACACCAACAGUUGCCUUCGUGUUUCAUGAAUUGGGAAAUUGGCAUUUUUCCAUAUUUCUUGAACAGUGAAGUAUUAAAAAAUAAAGAUAGCAAACUUUGGAA